UUUCCAUUUAGAAUAUUUUUUAAUGCUACCUACACUGAGAUUGGGCAUCUUGCCAGCUUGGAAGAUGAGGGAUCAAAGCUUUCUUCGAAAGGGAAAGGGUUGAGUGUGGAAGGGGGUAGUCAAAGCUGGCAUUUUUUUUCCUUCAAUUUUGAAUUUCCUCAGUCCUUUUGAUCUUCGUCCUUAUUAAUUUCCCUGCAGAAUACAGGGAACAUAAUUAUUUCUCAUAAAAAUCGAAGCUUUCCUCUUCUCCUCCAAGCUCAGCUUCCUCCUUCCUUCACUCUAUCAUAUGCAUUCUGAAGCCGAGGAAGAAGACGAAGUUGAUGCUUAAAAAACGAUGGAAGCUCCCCAAUCUCUUUCCCGGGAGAAGAAGCAUUGGUGGAUGAUGAACAGGAAGAUCGUCAACAAACACAUUCGGGACGCGCGUUCUCUGAUUGCAACGCAGGACCCUAAUGGAGUCUCGGCGGCGAUCGGAAUCCUCGACUGCGCCCUCGCGCUCUCUCCGCGGCUUGAGGUUGCAUUGGAGCUCAAAGCAAGAUCGCUCCUUUUCCUUCGCCGUUUCAGGGAUGUCGCCGAUAUGCUUCAGGACUACAUUCCGAGCUAUCGCGGCGGCUCCGGCGCCCCCGCCGCCCCCGCCGCCGCCUUCGACGACUCUUCGACCUCUCUCUCCUCCACCGGCAGCGGCAGCGGCAGAGCUGUUUCAGACAGCCGCGAGGGAGCCCAGUUGCUUCCUAAAUGCGAAAAUGGUGGCGAUCGCGGUUUACGCUGCUUUUCCAUCUACGACAUAAAGCGGAAGUUGGUCGCCGGAAUCCACCGCGCCGCCGGCGAUCGUGAGGGGCAGUGGAGAUACCUUAUUUUGGGGCAAGCCUGCUGCCAUCUGGGCCUCUUAGAAGACGCCAUGAUCCUCCUCCAAACCGGCCGCCGCCUCGCCUCCGCAGCCUUCCGCCGGGAAAGCAUCACUCACUCGGACGACAUCUUCAAUUUCUCCCCCACCAUCCCCUCCUUCCCUCCCACCAACUCCAAAUCCAAUCUCAAUGCCAUCACCUCCCCUCAGAAUCCCCCCACCAAUCCCAUCUCCGAAUCCGAAUCAGCCUCCAACCUCCUAACCCACAUCAAACUCCUCCUCCGCCGCCGCUCCGCCGCCAUCUCCUCCCUCGACGCCGGCCACCCCAUUGAAGCUGCUCGCCACUUCUCCAAAAUCUUGGAAAAUCGGCGCGGCACUCCACACCCCUUCGCAGCCACCUGUCUAAUCGGCCGCGCUGCCGCCUAUCGUGAUGCCGGUCGUAUCGCCGAAGCCAUCGCCGACUGCAACCGCGCUCUGGCGAUCGAUCCGACCUCCAUUCCCGCCCUCCGCACCCGCGCCGACCUCCUCGAAUCCGUCCGGUGCCUCACCGAUUGCCUCCGGGAUCUCGACAAUCUGAAACUCCUCUACGACACCAUAUUCCGGGACAGGAAGCUGCCCGGCCCUGUUUGGCGCCGCCCGUUUGACGAUGAGAUUCGUUACCGCGAUAUACCGAAUAGUCUCCGGAGUCUGACGGCGAGGAUAAACGGAAUCAGGCAGAGGUUCGCCGCCGGCGAGGGUAAUGAUGUGGAUUAUUACAAGCUGAUUGGAGUGAGAAGGGGGUGUUCGCGGUCGGAGCUAGAGAGGGCAAAUUUGCUUCUUUUACUGCGGCAUAAGCCGGACAAAGCCGGGGCUUUUGUCGACAAGCUGGAGUUUUCCGACGAGUAUUGGGAUCUGGAUGCGGUGAGGGAUCAGGCGAGGAUGUCUGCAUUGAUUUUGUACAGAAUGUUGCAGAAAGGCUAUUCAUGCAUAAUGGCGACGAUUAUGGAGGAGGAGGUGGAGAGGAAGAGGGCAGCGGUGGCGGCGGAGAAGCAGGCGCAGCUGGCGCCGGCGGUGUAUCAAGGGGUGUUUUGCAGGGACAUGGCGACGGUGGGGAGCAUGUUAUCUCGUGUUAUUCCGGUGAAGUAUGAGGGAUUGAGCUGUUGAUGGAGGAUUUGGGGGAGGGAGGAGAGUUUGUUUGGGAAGCUUUUGUUGUACAGUUUGGGGA